AUGGGCUUCUUCACCAUUGUCCUCUCGCUGGCCCUCGCCGGCGUCAGCGGCUACUGCCUCUCCCAGUCGGCCCAGUCGAUCCCCAAGCUGCACCAAUACGAGGCGGGCGCCAAAAAGGCCGCCGAAUGGAGCACUGCGGCCGCCAACCACCUGCUGUCAACGCGUCGCACUGUGGCCGUGGGGUUCGCCGUGACUGCGAUCUCUCUUCUCAGCAGCCUGUACUACAUCCUGUUCGGGAGCGCCGGGGGAUUCUUCGCUGUGCGCGCGGCGCUGUGGCCGGCUUUUCUUGCUGGCGCCGAGCUCCGAGCCUCGGCCUACAUGAAGUCGUUCUGGGCCGACAAGAAGACGGUGCCGCUGAUGGACGACUACAACGACGCCAUCUCGCACUCGGCCAACGUCAUCAACCUGUGCGACGCGCUGGCCGUCGGGUGGGGCGGCCUGGCGGUGCUGAAGCUUUUGGGGAAUUAG